GUCCUCAGUAGUAACGCCGUGGCUCCGGUCGGCCGCGCGGGACGUGGAAGCCCGAGAAGAUCGUGACGUGGAGGAGUGGGUGCGCGCCGACCGACGGGAUGGGCUGCAACACCAGUAAGGAAAGCAUACAGCAGGCCGUCGAGGAGGCCAAGGAGGACGUCAAGGAGACGGCCAAAGACAUCGUGCGGGACUUCAUCGGUGACGAGACCAAGAACGGCGACGUUACGAAAUCCGUGAGUGCCGAGAUCGCAAACAAUAGUCUCGCAAAGGGCAGCGAGACAGAGAUAAUCGAGGCAGAGGCCGAGGGACCGAAGAAGGAAAAGGAAGAGAGCGGUACAGAGGACUCGGAAGGAGAGAAUAGCGUCGACAAGGCUGCGACGAGGAUACAAGCAGCUUUCCGCGGACAUCUCGUAAGACAGAGCAUGAAAAAUACAGGAUCAUCGACGAAACAGGGACAAAAUACGGAACCCGAGCCGACUAAAGAGCAACUCGAACAGGAAUUCCGUGAGGACGAUAAAGACCUGUGUCACGCGGCCACGAAGAUCCAGGCAACUUUUCGCGGACACAUGUCGAGGAAAGUCGAUCAAGCCGCCACCGCGGCUAAGGGCUUAGUGGAAAGUGCAGCGGAGAAAAUUGAAGAGAAGAUGGCCAACGCGGCGAGCGAGUUAGAGGGCAUCGACCUCUCGGAUCCCGAUCUCCACAAGGCCGCGACGAAGAUUCAGGCGAGCUUCCGGGGACACAAAGUUCGUCAGGAGGUGGUCAUCCCUAACGUCGAUGAGAAGAAAUAGAUGGUCCGCGGCCAUGGAGUCGUUAGACAUUGAAUGGCGGCGCCGAGCGCAGAGAUUCACGCCGAGUACAUUCCAGAAACAAAACCAAAAAAUGAGUUUUCAUCCACAUUCGCCGACUAGGACGAGAGUCAAUCAUACACAUUGGGCGCACGAAUCACUCUCAAUAUUUCUUGCCUUUCGUCCGUGAGAGCCAUGAUUUUGUAGUAUCAAUGUCAUAAUUGGGGGCAGCGAAGGUAGGGAACCGCGCGUACACAUCGCUAAUGUUUUUUGUGAGCUUGUCAUCGCGACGGCCAUCCAUUACAAUCGACCCCUUAAAAUCCGUUACUUUUAGUUCCAUUACAAUUGAUAAAUAAAAAAUUCAGAAUAUCUAUUUGCCGUAAAGUUUGAUCUUCGUGUUUUCUAUAUAUAAUGCCGAGGGAAACGAGGCGACUUUGUCCUUUGACUUCGGAAUUGUAGCGCGUUAGUUUUAACGAAUGAGGAAUUUGAAACGAGAUCGCAAUAACAUUUUCAGUGUACGGCUAUAGGAACGUAGUAGUAAACUGUACGGGAAUUUCUAGACAAGCGGAGUGGUGUAUAUUUGCGAGUCGGGGAUUCUCUCGGUCGAUCGUCCCAAUAAUAUAUA